CUUGCUGAUGACGUUAAAAAAGCCGCGACUCCCAUCCAGAGUAGAAACAAACGUGACUUUAGUGGAAUUCACUGUGUUGAUUUUUAUAAUUAGGCGACAGAGUGAAUAUUUUCGGGAAUAACGACUCUAUUUUAAUCCAACAUGAGUUCGUCAAUGCCGCAGAAGCGUUACUACAGACAGCGAGCCCACUCUAACCCGAUGGCUCACCACUCGUUUGAUUAUCCUGUGUGUCCUGAGGAGAUGGACUGGUCCGAGCUGUACCCAGACUUCUUCACUGGCAGCCCCUCUGAGAAAGAGAACCCCCGAGUUGAGUUUGCCGACAUUGGGUGUGGAUACGGGGGGCUUUUAGUGGAGUUAUCCCCACUCUUCCCAGAAAAGCUCAUCCUCGGCCUGGAGAUCCGAGUGAAGGUGUCGGAUUAUGUUCAGGAUCGUAUCCGGUCUCUGCGUGCCUCGGAACAGGGAAGCUACCAGAACAUCGCCUGCCUUCGCAGCAACGCGAUGAAGUACCUCCCCAACUUCUUCUUCAAAGGACAGCUCAGUAAGAUGUUCUUCCUCUUCCCUGACCCUCACUUUAAGAAGACCAAGCAUAAGUGGAGGAUCAUUAGCUCCACGUUGCUGGCAGAAUACGCCUACACGCUGAGAAUCGGGGGUUUGGUCUACACCAUGACAGAUGUGGAGGAGGUGCACCUCUGGAUGGUGAAGCACUUCAGCGAACAUCCACUGUUUACACGUGUCCCUGAUGAAGAACUGGUUGGUGAUGUCAUCGUAAGUCGUCUGGGUACCUGUACAGAGGAAGGAAAGAAAGUGCAGAGAAACGGAGGGAAGAAUUUCCUGGCAGUUUUCCGGAGGAUCGAUGAUCCGAACUAAGACCAAAGAGUUUGGACAUGCGAUUGACUGAAAUAAUGGUCUUGUGCAGAUUCAUGGAGGAUAAUGCUGCUCUGUGGUUUGUUCCAUCAGCAGGAACGGAGCUCUACUAUUAAUGGACUAUUAAUGGACAAACAUUUACAGCAUAACCGAACAGAGGGUUUGUGUUUGAGUUUUUUCACAUAAUUUAUGUAUUUCAUUCCCCCUGCUCACAAGAGACUGGACUUGUGGAGUGCUUUUUAUUAUUAUUCAUUUUUAUGAUUCAGUUUCUCUUCAGUUUCUUUUGCUAAUCUCCAAAGUGCUGUUUUUGAAUUUACUGUAAAUUCUUUUAGUAAAACAAAACAAAAAAAUCAGUGUUGGGUUUGGUUCAUUGUAGCGGUGAUCAGUAGAGAGCAGAAACAGGUGAACUGAAAGCUAAAGCAGUUCUUUCUGCAGUAAAUAUCCUAGAUUUGAAGAGGACUUUAGGUUUUACCGCCUUAAAUCCAUUUGAAAUGCCUAAAUUUUCCAUCCGAUUAUAUAACUUUAUUGACGUCAUUGUUCAUUCGCAGUACUGGCAGCCGAAACUUAAAUGGAUUAGACUGAGAAGUUCGACAAUAAUCUACAUGCUGCUUGUUUGCUGUGGGUCAUUGUCUGGUUUAAAAAUAAACCUGCAUGCUGCAGCACGUUCUGCGAGGAGUGAACGCAGCACACAUCGCUCAAAUCAAAUCAA